CCGAGCAGCCAUCGCUUCCCCGAGAGAGAGAGGGAGCGGGAGCGGGCACGGCGGCGCCGGAGCUGCCCGUACGAGGGGGAGGCGUCUGCAAGGUGGGGGGAACCCCUUCCCGACGAGCGGCCGUCCUGCAAUAAUAUCCUUCAUGUGGAAGGAAGCGUUUCUGAAGGAUUUCCCCUCGAUGCUCACACACGCACAACAAAAGGAUAUCCUCUGCACUCGUGAGAAUGGAUUGCAGCAGGAACGUAGGUGGUGUUAUUACCUACAUCAGUUCGAGCUCUAGCUGCAGCCCCGUCUCCUAUCAGAGUGAUGGUUCUGAGAACAGUUUGCAGCCAACCUCGGCUCCAGUUCCCUCACCACCUAGCAGCUUUGUUUCUGAUAAUCGUGUUCACCUCAGUGACGUGCUUUCUGAAAGCUGCCCGCUGAAACUAGGAAGCUCCAACAGUGCUCAGCUUCUGUGUUCCGCCAAAGGGGAUGGAUCAACCUCGGGUCCCAUGAACAAAAGUACCAGUAACAUCACCAAAAUUAAUGGGAUGGUCCUGCUGUGUCGAGUCUGUGGAGAUAUGGCAUCGGGAUUCCACUAUGGUGUCCAUGCGUGUGAAGGUUGCAAGGGGUUCUUCAGGAGGAGCAUCCAACAGAAUAUUCAGUACAAGAAAUGCUUGAAAAAUGAGAACUGUGCCAUCAUGAGGAUGAACAGGAACCGGUGUCAACAGUGUCGCUUCAAGAAGUGUCUGGCUGUAGGCAUGUCCCGAGAUGCUGUUCGGUUUGGGCGCAUUCCGAAGCGCGAGAAGCAGCGAAUGUUGAUUGAAAUGCAAAGUGCGAUGAAGAACGCAGCAAAUGACCGUCUGAGUGGCUGCGUGCAGACUGAUGCAUUGUGUGAGGACAUGUCCUCUCCAGCUCAGACUGGGCUGCCUCAGAACACAGAGGCUGAAGUGAUCGGUUCAGUGUCAAGAGCCCUCGAGGAGACUUUUUCGAAUACCCAGGAGAAACCGGACAUAAUGCUGGAAGUUCGGAACACGGAAAACCCUCGCAGAACUGGAAAUGACGAGUGGCUGGUUGGACAUGCAAUAAGUGGGGUUGAUGAAAUGCAUUGUUUCACGAAUGGAAAUCAUGGUACAGUCUGCAUCGCAAAUAAGAUGAAUAAGCAUGUGGUUUGUCCAAAUGGAGGUGCAGAGAGAGUGAGUAGGCAGUGUCAUUCUGUCUCCAGCGGGUUUACGCAAAAAGUAGUUACAGAAGAUGGGUUUGCUCGAACCACUGAUCUAAAGAAACACUCGUGGACUGCAGGGAGGAGAACCCAUCUGGUGUGCCCAAUGAGCAUGUCACCUUAUGUGGAUCCUGAUAAAUCGGAACAGGAGAUUUGGGAAGAAUUUUCCAGGAGCUUUACACCUGCAGUCAGGGAGGUGGUAGAAUUUGCAAAACGUAUUCCAGGAUUCCAAGAUCUGUCACAGCAUGACCAAGUUAGUUUGCUGAAGGCUGGAACAUUUGAGGUGUUAAUGGUGCGCUUUGCAGCUCUGUUUGAUGUACAUGACCGGACAGUCACAUUUCUGAGUGGGAAGAGUUACGGGAUGGAGGAGCUACAGUUAAUGGGGGCAGGCGAUCUGCUGUUGUCCAUGUUUGAGUUCAGUGAAAAACUGAGUGCCCUGCAUCUUGGUGAGGAGGAGAUGAGCUUGUUCACAGCAGUUGUCCUGGUGUCUGCUGAUCGAUCAGGAAUUAAAAAUGCUAACUCAGUGGAGCAGUUGCAGGAAACUCUAAUUCGUGCGCUCCGAACUUUAAUUAUGAAAAAUCACCCUACUGAAUGUUCAGUCUUUACCAAGCUCCUGCUGAAAUUAUCUGAUCUGCGUUCUCUAAACAAUAUGCAUUCGGAGGAAUUGUUGGCCUUCAAGAUCCACCCUUGAAUUUAUGAAUUGUUUUCUGCAUUUGUUUCAUAUAUUUUGUGGAUGAGUAUACAGUACAUUAUUUAUGUAUAUAGAAAUUUGCAUUUUCUCCUGCAUUAUUUUUCAGCUACUGAAGGAGUAAUAUAAUGAAAUAAUAAAAGAUAGUUAUACAAAUAUUAAAGUAUAUUUUAAGAUUUUAACAUGGAUGCAAUGUGAAAGCAUUGAAAAUGUAUAGAUAUAAUUCUGUGCUUUAAAAUUUACUGAUCAUGAUCACCUAGUUUUUUUUGCCUCCUUUGUAAAUUGAUGCUUGGUAAUAAUGCAAAAAUAUUUUUUUUCUUCUCUAAAUUUUAAAGCUUUACAAGUUCCUCGGUGCGGUGCGGUGCCUUUAUCGGUAGUGUCACAGCUAGGUACACCUGUACGACUUCCUUAAUCUAACAUUGAUUUUUAAAUCAAUCUUUUUUUUUAAAACAGCCUGUAAGUAACUUGUGGAGUUAGAUUAGCUAUUUAUUAGAUUAGCUUUAUUUGGCACAUGUACAUUGAAGCAUACAGUAAAAGGCAAUGUUCUGUGUCAAAUCAAAUCAGCAAGGAUUGUCCUGGGCAGCCUGCAAGUGUCGCCACGCUUCCAGCACCAGCAUAGCAUGCCAACAACUUAUUAACCCUAACCGGUACCCCUCUGGAACCUGGGAGGAAACUGGAGCACCCAGAGGAAACCCAGGCCGUCACGGGGAGAACGUACAAACUUCUUGAGGACGGCAGUGGGAAUCGAACUCCCUCCUUUUACUGCUGGCGCUGUUGAGCGUUGCGCUAACCGAACCACGCGGGGUUUGUGGUCAGUAUCCACCUUCCGUACCGAUGUUUAAUUUUCUUUAAAAGUCGACUUGAAACAUGAGGAAAAUAUUGCAACCAGCAUGUUUGUGUGUCCUGUCCUUGAUUGAUGCAUCUCUGUUAGCUAAUGUCGUUAGAAUGCAAUUGUUACUGUACCUGAGUAAUGUUUUAAUAUUGUCCUCCGACUCCUGUGAAAUGUGCAUUUUGUCAAAUGAUUUCUGAAUGUGAAUCAGUGCAAUAAAGUCAAUGCUUGAAAGGUGUUGGUUUUUAAAUUCAUUUAGAGUGCAGAAG